CGGCGGCGGCGGCGGCGGCGGCGGCGGCGGGUCGGGCUGGGGACCGGGUGUCACGGCCUCGGGGCGGCCGGGGGCUGCCGAGAUGCCGCUCUUCGCUUCCAACCCCUUCGAGCAGGACGUGGAAAAGGCUACAAAUGAAUAUAAUACCAGUGAGGACUGGGGUCUUAUUAUGGAUAUAUGCGACAAAGUUGGAAGUACUCCUAAUGGUGCAAAGGAUUGCCUUAAAGCCAUCAUGAAGAGAGUAAAUCAUAAAGUUCCCCAUGUGGCUUUGCAAGCACUUACACUUUUAGGAGCCUGUGUAUCAAACUGUGGAAAAAUAUUUCACUUAGAAGUAUGUUCUCGUGAUUUUGCUAGUGAAGCUCGAGGUAUAAUAAAUAAGGCUCAUCCGAAAGUAUGUGAAAAGCUAAAAACUCUAAUGGUGGAGUGGUCGGAAGAAUUUCAGAAAGACCCACAGUGUAGCUUGAUAUCUGCAACUAUUAAAUCUUUAAAAGAAGAAGGUGUAACUUUUCCUCCAGCUGGUUCGCAGGCUACCACAAAUGCUGCUAAGAAUGGUUCAUCGUCAAGUAAAAACAAAGAAGAUGAAGAUAUAGCUAAAGCUAUCGAAUUGUCUUUGCAAGAGCAGAAACAGCAACAAAUGGACACUAAAUCCUUGUACCCAUCUGCAGAAAUUCAGCAAAACAAUCAGAACUCGAGGAAGGUGCGAGCUCUGUAUGACUUUGAAGCCGUCGAGGACAAUGAGCUCACCUUUAAAAGUGGAGAAAUUAUUUUUGUUUUGGAUGACAGUGACACCAAUUGGUGGAAAGGUGAAAAUCAUAGAGGAGUAGGACUGUUUCCAUCCAAUUUUGUGACUUCUGACUUAAAUGUGGAACCUGAGGCAGCAACUGUGGAUAAAAAUUCUGUUCCUGAGGAUACGACAGAAGAAAUUAAGAAAGCAGAACCUGAGCCAGUUUAUAUAGAUGAGGAUAAGAUGGAUAAAACACUGCAGGUGCUUCAGAGUAUAGAUCCUACAGAUUUAAAGCUUGAUUCGCCAGAUCUUCUAGACUCAGAAGAUAUUUGUCAACAGAUGGGUCCAAUGAUAGAUGAAAAACUAGAAGAGAUCGAUAGAAAGCAUUCAGAAUUAUCUGAAUUGAAUGUGAAAGUUCUAGAAGCUUUGGAGCUCUAUAACAAACUGAUGAAUGAAACACCGAUGUAUUCAGCCUACUCAAAACUCCACCAUCCUGCACAAUACCCACCUACAUCUUCUGGUGUUUCGGUGCAGUCAUAUCCCGUACAGCCACCUAGUGGAAACUACAUGAUCCAGGGUGUUCACCAAGUCACCAUUUCCCCAGGGUAUAGCCUAGGACCGGAUCAGAUGGGGCAGCUGAGGUCUCUGCCUCAGAAUAUAAAUUCUUCUGGAGCAACUCAGCCAGCUCAAGCUGCCUAUUUAAGCCCAGGACCAGAUUCUGUGUUAAACCAGACGUACGUGAACCAGAACGCCGGCCUCGCGUCAGCCGCCAGCACAGCCGCUUACACCCAGCAGCAGAUGGCAAUGUCGGUGGAUAUGUCGGCUUACCAGAACAGCACAUCGAGUUUGCCUCAAGGACCAGGUUAUCCCGUGGCAGUUCCCGCUCAUUCCGUUCUACAGCAACAAACAAAUUACCAUCAACAGCCUCUCCUUUAAAACCAAACCGGCUCGUGUUUCUGAAUUAAUGAAUAAAGGUUGCCUGACCUAAUUAUUUUUGAGUACCUGUCACGGAUAUCAAAAUACCUUUUCCUUUUUAAAUAACCCGACUUGCUGCAUUAGGGUGAUGCAGGCUAAAAAUAUGCAUCGGAUCUGAUUGUUAAGCGUUUGCAUAAAGAUAGCCGGAACUAGAUUAGCUGAUGGUUUUAAAUAAUUUCAGAUUACUUUGAGCCCUUAUUUCAGUGGUUGCAAGAAACACCGCUUCUGAACCUUAAAAGAUUGUCCAGAAAUAAUUUUCUUUUAAACGUGUUCAUGAAAACUUGAGGAUGUUUAAUCAUUGUUACGCAUUGCUCUCGUUACGCAUUGCCUCCUCUGGUUUCUUACUAUGAUCUCUCUAUCCCAGUGGCUUUAGAGAAUCUCUGCAGAUUUAGAGACCACCUUCUCUCUGCGCUGCUGUAGCGAGCUUUACAAUGCGAUACGCGCUGCGUAACUGGAACAACCGCAUGAGUUCAGCAGAGGAGAGCUGGAAGAGAAAAUGAUCUGAUAUUGUGACGGUGAGGACCAUGUACCUACAGAAAUAUGAGAAAUGAGAUUUUUUUACAGUGCUGACAAUUAGAUUUUGGGAAAUGGCAGAGAACUUCUGAUGUGUUCUGCUUGAAGAAAGCAGGUGGGGUUUUGCUAGAAGUCGCUGGUGUCUUUUGGCAGAGGCGGUGCUGCGAGCACGAGCAGGCAAGGGAUGCUCCCGGCUGACAGCCUGGGCACUCUGGAUACAAGGUGCUGAGCCAGGAACGUGUACAGAAUCUCUUUUCCUUUUUGGAUGUAUUUAGAAGUGAAGGAGGGUUGUAGUUCCUUGUGGUAAAGGAAAGGCUUGAGAAUGUUUGAAGCUUAAGACUGUGAGAAUCCGCCUUGCUCCCUUUCCAGUGGGGAGCCGAGUGGAACAUGAUUCGUCUUUACGGGACCAGGGGGUUCUUGCCUCUCUUGGAUUUCCUCUCUCUGCCGCCAUUUCCAUGUCUCGAUAAACGCCAAUUACAGUCAGAGAAACUCUUGAACCGUUUGAAAAAGCUGUAUUCAACACACAGGCUGUGCAGGCAGAAUACACGUGCUUUGUGGGUGGGAUUGCGCUCCUCGUUUAAUACAAGGAGCGGCUGCAUAUUGAAAAUGACAGGCGUGACUUGAGAAAAGGAAUUGCCUUGGAACGGUGGCAGCGUAGCACUUGGCGGCUGAGAAAAGAAAUCUAAGAAUUUCUUCCCUGAUGCACUUUUUUAAUGGGUGGGGUUUGUACAAGGGGAGCAGGUGAGCUGAAUUAGCUUUCAGGAAUGUGGGAUUUCUUUCUGCUAUUGUUUCAACCUCUGAAAAAAAAAAAAAAAUCACUUUUCUCCUCCUAUUUACCUACUCACUUUAGCAUAGUCAUAUUUGUACCUAUUUUAACAAUUUGAUGGUGAGUAAUAACCUUUAGCUUGGGAAAAUAAUGGAAGCAGAUCACUGAUAAAAUCAACUUGAUUAAAUGCACAAAACUCCCAAAUGUCUGAAUAAGUCCAUUUUGGUGUAUAAAUUUUCUACCAAACGAGAGCUAUCGGACUGUUGUUGGGUCAAAAGCCACCUUCACUCAGUGCCACCUCCAUUUCUUUUGCGUUUGAUUUAAUUACUUAGUACCAUGGCCUUCUGCAUUCGCAGCCUCGUGCUUAUGCAGUGAGGUAUUUGCUACCCGCUCCUUAAAUCAUUUUUUAAUUUAAAUUUGUGCAAUUGGAAGGAAGCUUCUGUCUUUCUUUUUGACGUGACUUUACGUUGUCUUUAUCCUUCCCCUUGAAGUAGUUCAGUAUAAAUAACACGCAUGGCAAUACUGAAGUAUUUUGAUAAUUCGUUCCUUGUGUUCUUUAAGAAUAAGGAUUAAUUUCAGUGCUGCUGUUCAAAAUUCUUAUUGUUUGGAGAUUAUAAUUUUUUUGGGUAGGAGUUUCCUUUGUUCCAAGUUGGUGUGUAGUCAAUCUGAACCUUGCUCUCAUUUCUAUAGAUUCUCCAUGUUUGUUAGUAGAUUGAGAUUAAGGUAGUUAUUUUAAUUGGAUUCAAAACUUUGGUCCAGCAGAAAUCUUGAACAUCUUAAAUUGAGACAGCUAGGCAGAUGUGAUUUGAUUGUGUUCACUUAAUCAUGAACUAUAAAUGACGUGUAUAUACUCAUUUGUCUGAGGUUUUCUACACAGCCACAUGCAUCCGUACUGUUAAAGCCUGAAAUUUUAUAAAAGCAGGAUUUGUCCUUCUGUCGUCUCUUCUCUUCCUAAUUCUGUGAUAUGCAAUUUGUAGAUAGUGUAAAAUAAUUUAAUUAUUAAAACAGUCUAUUUAGAGGGUUUUGGUGUUAAUAGGAUCUGUAUUUCCUCUUCAUACUUCUUUACAUUAUCAUAUUUAUUUUUAAGGCCUGAUUGUAACUGAACAUGCUGCCAAAGGAUUUCUCUAACUUCAGAUUUCUACAUUAGGUUUCUACCUGCUGUUUUAUAUCAGGAAUCAAGGGUAGAUAACGUCUGCUUUUUCAUAUAAACUCUUACUGGUUAACAUAGGAAUUUGUGCAACUUUAUAAUGAGAAUUUUAUCGUAAUAUAUUUGUUUCAUGGGUGUUGAAAAUAUCAGUGCUAGAGAAAUUUUCUUCUAGUAUGAGUUUGCAACCUAUUAUGUCUAAGUUAUAGUCAGCUGACAGCAACAAUUGAAUUUGUCUGUAAUAUCACCGUGCAGAGACGUGUUUGGGGAAACCACGGUCUUUCGUCCCGCCUCGAUGUGAGAAAUGCAUUGCCUGUUGUUUUAAUUUGGUACAGAAAUGACAAUGUUAAAAAAUCAGAUUGUUUCCGUAACAAGUAAACCUUAAAAGCAAUGUUCCGUGUUCGUUUUACUUCAGGUUUUGUUCAUGGACUUGUGGAACAGUGUUAAGUCUUUUGCAGGCUGUCCUUCAGAGAGGAGAGCUGAGUGGGACGUGGCUGUGGCUGCAAUCUCUUACAGGAAUUAUUUUCUGAUAGGAAGAUGGGGUUUUUUUCUUAUUUUUAUCUAUGCAUUUUCUAAGAAAUAAUAGGCACUACUCUUGCUUACAUUGAACACUGUGAUGGAUCUGUUGAACGAACGAAUAACGUUUUAGAAUUCAUGGCUCUUCCCAGUUAAAUUUUACAUCAAGCUGACUCAAACUGUUUUGAAUUGGAGAAAAUGAGAAAUGAAGGAAAGGAACUAGAGCUGGGGCAGGUUCUGAGCACGCCCGAGGUUUGGCAGCUCCCUUCGGCGGCACUGUAACGCCUUCGGUCGGCUGCCAACGGAGGGCACGCCUGAAUGUGGGAUUCAGACCAAGGCUCUGCUGCUGUUGUGUCUGGGGUCUGGGGUGGAUGUGUACUGGUCAACAGAGGUAUCGCGGUUCUUACAGAAAAUCAUCUUAAAGAGUUUGCAGUGUUAAGAAGAGGGGAUCUGUUUAAUUGGAAUAUCCGUUUGGCCUCCUGUCCGCAAUAUGUGUGCGUUGCCUUGUGUGAAUAAAACAAAGUUUGUUUAA